AUGUCUGAAGAAUCAUUUGAUUUAAACACGUUGUAUCGAGAACUGGGAAGGAUUGACAAGGAGAUCGAUGUUGAAAAGUUGCUAAAGAGAAUUAUUAAGAUUGAAAAGAGAGAAAUUCAGGAACGUU